GGCUUUGGUUCCGUCUUCUCUGCGCACCGCCUGGCCGACCGCCUGCAGGUUGCUGUGAAGCUGAUCCCACGGAGCCGCGUCCUGGGCUGGGCCCCCCUGUCUGACUCAGGCCCAUGCCCACUGGAGGUGGCCCUGCUGAGGAAGGUCGGGGCUGGGGGUGGUCAUCGGGGUGUGAUCCAGCUGCUGGAUUGGUUUGAGACCCCAGAGAGUUUCCUGCUGGUGCUCGAGCGGCCAGAACACGGCCAGGAUCUGUUUGACUAUAUCACUGAGCGGGGCCCCCUGGGAGAGGGCCACUGCCGCCGAUUCUUCAGCCAGGUGGUAGCCGCCGUGCGCCAUUGCCAUGCUCGGGGUGUAGUCCACCGAGACAUCAAGGAUGAGAACAUCCUGGUGGACCUGAGGAGGGGUGAAGUGAAGCUCAUCGACUUUGGUUCUGGUGCCCUGCUCCGGGACGAGCCCUACACUGACUUCGACGGAACAAGGGUAUACAGCCCCCCCGAAUGGAUCUCUCAGCAGCUGUACCAUGCACUCCCAGCCACUGUGUGGUCCUUAGGCAUCCUCCUUUACGACAUGGCCUGUGGUGACAUCCCCUUUGAACACGAUCGGGAGAUCCUAGGUGCUCGCCUUCGAUUCCACUGCCGCCUUUCCCCAGGUUGCAAGGCCCUGAUACGACGUUGCCUGGCCCCUGACCCUGCCAACCGGCCCUCACUGGAGCAGAUUCUUUGGGACCCCUGGAUGCAGGAUGGGGAGGAUCACUUAGCACUCACUUCGGGAAUUGUGCCUCCUCCCUCCCGUCAUACCACUGCCUCCGGUGGUGCCAGUAGCCCAGAGUGGCCCGCUUUCUAACAGUGUGGAGGAAUGGAGCAUGUGUACUUGUGGCCCCCAGAAUGGGAGCAGCCUUUUGAGGCUGCGCUCUUGACCUGGUUUUACAGGUUGCUUUGAGAUCCUCCUCUGUACCUAACCCAAGGGACAGAGAAAGACCUUUAGCUACCUUCCAGCUCUUGGGGGUGGAUGGGGCCUUUUUCCACACUAGCCACUCCCUUCCCCUUCCCCCUUUCCUCCCUAGAUGGUUAUUUGUAGAAAUCCCGACGAUGGGGUAGAAAAGGCUGGGAACUCGAGCCCUCUCCUUUCCUCUUGGCUCCUUCAAACCCAGCGGCUUUCCUCUGCCCUCACCAUCGCCCCUGCCUGGCCGGAGGGCAGCCUGUGUUGCUGUUGCUGAUUGCCCAGUGAGGUCGGCCUCUCCACCAUCCCUCUCUGAAAGCCACGGCUGCCUCCCAGGCUGUAGAUCCUUCAGCACGCCGGCCACCGGACCAGAGGAUGCCCAGAAAAGGAAGGGCGGGCGGGCGGGCGGGCGGGUGCUGGCCAGCCGGCUCUCUCACCCGCCGGAUGUGUAUGUCACAUUAAACGAACCCCCUGCAACCCCA